CCCAGCUGCCCUUGCGCGGGGAGAAAGGCCGGACCGGUAACUGCCGGGGGUUGGGUAGUGGAGCGGCUGCGGCGCGCGGGAAAGCGGAAGUGAAUCCAGAGAGUCGGAGUGGCGGCCGCGCCGUAGCCCGUGGAGCGGGAUGAAUCUGGGAGAGGCCCGGUGCGGAUGGAACCAAUCCCCCGGAGGGGGAGAGGAGACCAUGCAGUUUUCUCACCCCCCCCCCCUUUGGGGCUGCAGGUCGUGGUAGCGACCUGUGGGCGGAACCGAGCGGAACCCUUCGCGGGCGGGCCGGAGGCCGCUGCCGGUUCAGGGCCAUGUCGGUGGUUUUCGUGCCGGAGCGGCUGCGCGGGAAAGCGGAAGUGAAUCCGGAGACCCUGCAGCGGUUACUAGAUGAAAACGAUCAGCUGAUUCGGUGCAUUGUAGAAUAUCAAAAUAAAGGAAGAGCUACAGAAUGUGUGCAGUACCAGCAUAUCUUGCACAGAAAUCUUAUUUAUUUGGCUACUAUUGCUGAUGCAUCUCCAGCCACUGUACAGAAGACUGAUUGAUCCCACCCUUCAGUGAUGCCUAUAUAAAGCAUGGAGACAUGAUUGAAUUGGGGGAACUCUGAGGCCAAGAGGGAUACAACAUUCCCUCAUUUUGUCUGACUGGGUAAGAGAGCAAGCUUUGAUAGGGAUUAGCUGGGAAUCCAGGGGCCAAGACUGAUGGGCAUUAGGGAGUAGAUUCUUAUAGGAAUAGAGGUGCUGUGGCCUUACAUCCUCUUGGUGAUGAGCUGAUAAAUAUGUGGAAGAUCCCUUGCACCAGUCUUCCCCUUUCUUGGUUUUCUGAGAAAAAUACACCUUAUUUAGAAGUGCUACUGCCUGAGUCUUUCAUGCUUCUUUGAGUGGUAGGUGACAAGGGGGAGUAGGAAUUCAAGCAACAGUGUCACUGAACCCUCAGCAACCUGAAUGUCAUCAUGUAUUCCUUUGGAAAAUGAGCAUGUUAAGGUGGUAAAUGAUGACACUAGGUAUCAGAGGGCAUGGUGAGCUUUGGAGAAAGGCUCAAGUUCUAACCCACUUACCCAGGAGACAUAGUAAGAUAACUGGAGGUAGUCUGGGACUUGCUGCCGCUGGCCAUUAUUGUAUUGCAGUAACAACCAGAUGCUCCAAGCAGAACUAGGGCCUCACGAUGCUGUCGGCUGUGUAAAGCUAUAUGCCCUAAAGAGCUUACAGUCUUUGUCUACUCUAGUACCAGUUAUUGGACCAUGAGGUUAAGCAGGUUCAUGACAACUCCCCUAACUAGGCUCAUCCAGUUUUCAUCUAAAGUUACCCCAGAGAAUGUUAUAGGCAGCAUGGCUGUUUGGUAGGGGAGGACUGAAGCUUAAGUCUCCCUUAGUGUCCUAUCCCUCUUCCACUCACUCAUCACAGGUUUAUAGGGCAUACUGUAGGUCUCAAGAAUGCAUCUAGUUGCAAUACUCAUUUUAGAGAAUUGUUGUCAGUGGCCUGAAAGACAAGCAAAUAGUUUGUUUGCCAUUCCUCCCUCCUUCUGGUUAAAUCAAAUGUGUCUGCAACUCAUUUCCUAUUUGUCUGAAUUUGUGAAUUUACAAAUUCCACAGUACAACUAGUAUAAUUGUACUUGACUUGCUUUGCCAAUACAUGGGCAUUGCAGAAAUCAGAAGACAUUUAUUCCUCUCCAGUGCAUCCUGUCUUUCCCUCUGAGAAUGUCUUCGUGGGCUAGUUGUCCUGGAAAGAGAUUCAGACUUAGAUCUCAGUAGGCCGUACAACUGACACUUGUAGAUUAAAUGUUUAAUUAGAGCCAAGACUGAGCAUUAUGCAUAAUGCUGUUUGCUACAUCAUAGGUUAAGUAUCCAGCUGUUUCAAUAACUUAUGAUUAGUGAAAAUAUUUUCAUUUCAAUUGUAAAACUUAUUUUUGCAAGACUCCAAGAUGUCAAAAAUACAGGGUCAGGAAUCUGUCAGAUGCAAUACAGGGACCCAUCUUGCUGCACAUCCGAUUGCAAUAUGAUACUAUGCAGAUUGAACUACAGCUCUUCCCAAUAAGCAAAAGCACUUUUGGGAUUAGUAUGAAACUACUCAUGCAACAAGUGAGUUAGAGGAAACCUACUUUACUACUUGUAGACAAACCUGGCUUGAGUAGUUGGUUCCCUCCCAAACAUGCAAGUUUAAUCUAGGCUUCUAAUUUUCGAACAAAGGAACAGCUGACUUGUCUUGAAAACAGAUUAAUUAAGAAAAGUAAUUUAAAUAGUAUUUAGAUAUUAUCUAAAUAUGGAAAACACUAAGCAAAUAGUUUUAUAUCUGCAUUUAAAUAUUUUAUGAGGGAAUACUCAUUGUUUCAGUAAUGUCACAUUAAAGUAUUACUUUAACUUGCUUGAAAAUGUUAGAUAUUUUGUAAUAAAAUCUGGUAACAAGCA